AUGACGAGACGAACUCCCAUGCCAAGCCCUUACGCUUCCGUUCUGUCGCUGCGUCAACAACCUCCGACACCGGGCCAGCCUCCCAUUCAGAGCACAACAUCACCAGCGACGAGCUUCAAGUCAAAGAACUUUAUUCUCUCUGACAUGGACGGCCGUAACUCCCCAGACAACCACGUCUGCGGGCACUGCAUGUCCAAGCUCACACCCUACGAACUCAACCAGAUGAACCCGACCCUUAGCGAGGGCCAGGUCUGCCGCCUUUGCCAAGUCGAGCAAUGCCGACCCGAGGCGUUUACGAAGCCGUUUUGCGAUUUUUUGCAGGAGAACCCUACCGUUUUCCAUACCGUUGAUUAUUUUAAGCGCAAGCUGAGCGACAGCAGGUUUGAGGAGCUCGACGCCCGAGAAUCAUGGAACGGCAAAGUCCGCCCAGGCGGCAAGUACUGGGUGACUCGCAACGGCAGCACCAUCAUCGCCUUCACCGUCGGCCACGCCUACAAGCCCGGCAACGGCGUGGGCAUGAUUGGCGGCCACAUCGACGCCCUCACCGCGCGCCUCAAGCCCAUAAGCAACCGUCCCAGCAAGGCAGGCUACGUCCAGCUAGGCGUGGCCCAAUACGCCGGCGGCCUGAACCAUACCUGGUGGGAUCGCGAUCUCAGCAUCGGCGGCCGCGUCGUGGUGCGCGACCCUGAAACCGGCAAGACGGCCACCAAGCUCGUCAAGCUGGACUGGCCCAUUGCCAAGAUACCCACGCUCGCGCCUCACUUUGGCGUAGGCAUGUUUGGCAGCAACAACAAGGAGACACAGGCCGUUCCCGUAAUCGGCCUGCAGAGCUCGUCGCCGCAUUCCGAACAAGAUGCCGAACCGCUUGGACAUGAAGGCGCCUUUGUGAACACCCAGCCCCGGAAACUCGUCCAGCUCAUUGCCAAGCAACUCGGCAUCACGUCCUACACCUCCAUUCUCAACUGGGAACUCGAGCUCUACGACAGCCAGCCCGCGCAGACCAUGGGCAUGGACAGGGAGUUCAUCACCGCCGGCCGCAUCGACGAUAAGCUCUGCUCCUGGUCCGCCCUGAUGGGUCUCCUUGCCGCGGACACCAAGUCCUCAGACAGCUACAUCAAGCUCGUCGCCCUGUUUGACGACGAAGAAAUCGGCUCGCUCCUCCGUCAAGGCGCCCGCAGCAACUUCCUCCCCAUCGUCAUUGAACGAACCGUCGAAGCCCUCAACCCCGAUACCUACGGCCCCGGCCUCCUCGGCCAAACAUACGCCAAGUCGUUCCUCUUGUCGGCGGACGUGACACACGCCGGCAACCCCAACUUCCUGGAGACGUAUCUAGACCAACACGUGCCCCAGCUAAACGUAGGUAUUGCCAUUGCCGGCGAUUCCAACGGUCACAUGACCACUGAUGCCGUGUCGACGGCUAUCCUACGACGAGUAGGCGAAAUUAUUGGUGCCAAGACGCAAGAUUUCCAGAUUCGCAACGACUCGAGGAGCGGCGGCACCAUUGGGCCUAGCUUGUCUAGUGCCAUGGGCUGUAGGGCUGCGGAUGCGGGCUUGGCGCAGUUGAGCAUGCAUUCCGUCAGAGCGACGACUGGCGCCUUGGAUCCGGGCCUGGGUGUCAAGUUUUUCAAGGGGUUUUUGGAUCUGUGGGAGCAGAUUGAUGAGGAGUGGUCUUGA